AUUUUUAUUUCCCUGCAUGUCUACCACUGAUACACAAAGACCCAACAUCACAGCUGUGAUUGUGGAUUCACAAACUGGAGCUGCCUUUAGACGAAGGAUGAAUAUGCAGACACAAGAAAUACCUUCUAGUUCACUGAAUGAGAGAAUUCGUAACACCCAUCACCCCCUAAGACGUCCAUUUCGACCUAUUUCUUUAGGACAUGCAUUUGAUAUAGACGACAGUACUUCGCUAUCAAGUCAUACGUAUACCGAAUCUUCAAUGAACAGUACUUCUAUUGUCCAUGCGAUGGCUCCACCCGACCAUGUUCCGUUUUCAGACUAUUAUAAAUACUUGCCUAAUGACUUGAAUCCAGCACAACAAAAGAAACAAUUGUUUAUUUGGGUAGCACAGAAACACAUCAAACAAUCUGAAUCAGAACCUACAAUCAACCUCGACAGAGACUCACUAGAAGCACAUCACCUAGCAAACCAAGUCAUGAAAGAGGCGAUUGGGAUGAUGUUGGAUAAAGAUGUACAUAUUCCAGAUUAUAAACGACCUGAUAACUCUAAUUAUUCACAAGAAACACCCAACCCUACCAAUACUGAAAAUGAACGCAAACUCGCUAAAUUAGAAUCCACACUUCAAUUAUUUAAGGAUGAAAUGAACGAAUGGAAAGAAAAUACCAAUCAAUUAUAUGAGGAACACGCUGCCUUAGUGGAUCAACAAGAACCUUUAGAACAUGAGAUCCAUCUGGCUGAUUUUGACUAUGAUGAACUAGAACUAGACGAUCCCGUUCAAAAAGAAUUUGUAGCGAAAUACCUUCAACAGACACACACAACCACUCUCAAUUACGACCUAUUAAACCAAAUCAAUCAAGAGUUAGAUUUAGGCGUCUCAAGUAUGCGACAGACCAUCAACAGCGUCUAUCAAUUCUUGCAAGAAACAGAUGAUUCCGUCUCUCAUAUCAUGGCACGCUUAGCUAAAGAACAAAGAGAACGGUCACGCUAUAUCCCUAUUAUGCAAGAUAAACGCGUGCCUGGUAUCCUUGAAAACACAGAAGAAAAAAGACGCGAAAGUGAAAAUAAGGCUGUGGCUGAUAUUUUACGUUUAAUUGCUCGACAUGGUAAAUAA